UGGCAGCACUGUGCGAGCGACAUGCCAGUAGGAACCUGGUAUUUCACAAACAUGUUUGUGACAGUUUGUGUUCUGGUUUUAACUGUAGCAGCCCCAACCUUGACCUUGAACAUUAGCUCCUGUUACAGUCUGUUCGGGGGAGAAUCACAAUGCAGCGCCUUGAUCGACGAUUUCCGAGGUGUGAGUCUAGGUGGAUGUUAUCCGAACGCAUCCAAGGUAGAAAAGGUGUAUUCAGUGUUGAACUGUGCUAGAACAUAUUUAGCCUGGAAAGCCCGUUACACCUACAUCUACAGGUGGGCUGAUCACCUGUGCUACUGGUGCACUGGUAAGGAAGCGACGUCUCUCAGCUUUAAUUCCCAAGACUCGGUAUUUUUCUUACGAAGGGCUACUCCUGCCCAGAACUUUACGUCUGGUCUUUAUUUUGGAAAUCUUACAAGUUUACUAAACGGCUCUGUGGUACAUGCAACCGUGACUCCUGCGACCUACAGCGACACCACAAGGCUCUUCAUCUGUCUCAACAUUUCCUGCAAAGACAUCCACCUCAACGCCAGGUUCCUGCCGGUCAGUACCACAGAUUCUCUCGACGUCCUGCUGUAUUCCAGAGUCAAGACUGUCUGGAGCUCGCCUAAAAAGACGACCAUGUCCAUCUCCCCGCUGAACCAGAGUCUCCGAAUCUUUGUUCUGGCCACAGUGGACAGGUUCCUAGUCUACGUCAACGAGGCUUUGUGCUGUAACAUGACCUACGCCCUGCCUUUGACAACGGUAGAGAUCGUGCAGCUUUAUGGACCCUCUAUCACCAGAUUUAGCGUUUAAAUUGUCUCAUUAUCGGACACAGUUUUUGGACUGCCUGCUCGAAAAAGACUAGAAACCCUAAAGACCUUUCUCCCGAAGUACUGAACCUUUAAUAUAUUUGCCGGACGGACUGGGAGAAAAUAUGUGGAAUUUAAUCAUUUGUAAUUAAU